AUGUACUUCUUCCUCUCCGUCCUGUCCCUGAGUGAUGUAGGUUUUACCUCCACCACCAUCCCAAAGGUGAUUUGGGACAUUCACACUCGGAGCAAAAUCAUCUCUUAUGCAGGCUGCCUGUCGCAAUUGUCUCUUUUUAGCCUUUUUGCUUUUUUGGACAGUGUCAUUCUCCUGGUGAUGGCAUAUGAUCGAUUUGUAGCCAUCUGUCACCCCCUGCACUACUCCAUCAUCAUGAACCCCCGCCUCUGUGGCCGGCUGUUCCUGGCAUCUUUAUCCUUCUGCUUCGUGAAUGCCCAGCUGCACUGGAUGAUUCUCCUACCACAGACCUUUUGUACCCACGUGGAAGUUCCUCAUUUCUUCUGUGACCUCCCUCAACUCAUCAGACUAGCCUGUGGAGCCACAUCCACCGACUACUUACUAAUGUAUCUUAUCGGUGCUGUUCUUGGAGCUGUUCCAGCCACUGGGAUCCUGUACUCUUACACAAAAAUUGUUUAUUCCAUUUUGAGAAUCUCCUCCACAGGGGGGAGGUCCAAAGCCUUCUCCACCUGUGGCUCUCACCUGUCUGUUGUUUGCUUAUUUUAUGGGACAGGCAUUGGGGUGUACUUCAGCUCAACUGUUUUCCAUUCUGCUAAGAGUGUUGCUGUGACCUCGGUGGGGUACACAAUGUUUGUCCCUAUGCUGAACCCCUUCAUCUACAGCCUAAGAAACAAGGACAUCAAGAGGGCCUUCCAGAAGCUUCUGAGUAGACCAGUGUAG